AUGCAUCUUCAAGCUGUCAACAAGAUUCUACAAUAUCUUAGAGGAAGUCCGGGAAAAGGAAUACUAUUCAAAAGAGGAGGAGACAUGGUUUUAGAGGCUUAUACUGAUGCAGACUAUGCUGGUUCAUUAGUAGAUAGAAGGUCAAGUUCUGGAUAUUGCAUUUUUUUAGGAGGAAACCUGGUCAUAUAUCUUUUUCGUCAUACAUCUGCUCAAGAUGUUGAACUGAAUAAUCCAGCAUACCUUCAGAUGCCUCAUUCAGUAGAUGAUAAUUUUCUGAAAAUUACCACUGAGGCAAGAAUAACCGUGAGCAAUAUAAUGUUUCAAAUUUCUUGUAAAAACAUGACUGCUUACAAUAUUUUGCACGAUCUUUUCCAAUAUGGUGAUUCAGCUCAGAAAUAUAUGCAGGGGUCAAAAAAUGUGGAAGUUCAUAAUGUAGGAAUAUAG